UUAACACUGGUGUGAAUUGCUGAACACAUUUCCUCCAGGACAUGUGUCAUUAAAGACAAAGCUAAUAGGGGCUGUGAAAGAAGAAGGGAGGAAGGGAUGAAGAGGGAUUAAAUCUGAUAUCACCCAAGCACAGGGCGGGGACACUACACGUAGAAGCAGAUUACAAUGGACACCAGGCUGGAGCAGGAACACAACACAUUUCUUUACUGAAGGUAAACUACAUUGGAGGGUCAGCAAACAAGGUCUGCAACUUCUCCUGCAUGGAGGCCAGUGAACCAGCAGUUGAUAUCGAUGUGACAAAUUUGCUGCGGUGACAUUUGGAAGACUGGACCUGUCCGAUUGGCUGAGUCCCACUGGAGAGGCGUGAUGUCACCUGUCAUGGACGAGACGGCCGAGGAUCUCCCAGUCAGAGAUGUGGGGCUAAUCAGGGGGGGGCUCAUGCCAACUGUCCCAGAUACUCUUCGUGAUGUGAAACUGUGGAAGAAGCAUCAUGUUAUGAAGACAAAAGAUCCUCAACGCCUGUUUCGGUUUCCCAGAGAGCACCUGGAGGACCUGUGUCUGCGGCUGCAGGAGGAGAACAGUGUGCUGAGGCAACACACGCGUACACAGGAACAGAGGCUGCGCAGGAUGUCCACCAGGCUAAUGCGUCUUCGUCAGGCCCGUCCUGGGUCCACCGGUGUGAAGGAGAGAGACAUGGAGGACACCAUACAGGAGCUGGAAGCACAUGUGGCUAUGCUGGAGAGCCAGAAAGGGUUGCUACAGAACAAACUCAGCUUGGCCAAGCAGCACAUUAUGGACCUGGGGGGACGCACACCAUACAAGUUCAGCAAAGGUAAAAAUAUGGAAGUGGAGGGCCCAGUCAGGAGGGCAGCCCAGACAGCCCCGCCCCGCUAUGGCCCCAUGGUGGAUGACAGCAGGGCGGAGGUGGAGAGAUUCAGGUCCAGUGUGACAGAGCAGGUGAGGGUGGCCGAGAUGGAGCUGACUGCCCAGUCCCUCAGAGACACACUGAGAGAGAAGGAGAAGGAGAUCGAGGGAACCGUGAAAGAGAUGAGGAAGCAGCAGGCCGACACACACAGAAUAACUAUCAGAGAGAACGUGGAUCUGAUUCGUCUCCAAAAUCAGCUCUCAAACAAGAGCACAGCUCUGCGAGUUACGCAGGAGAAGUUCAACGACCUGCAAGAAGCAUAUGAGAAUCAGCUAGAUGAGAGUCACAGGUCGCUGAGGGAAAGCCAGGGAGCUCUGCUGGAGAAAGUGGAGGAGCUGACAGAACAGCUGAAGCAGGAGAAACAAAGAGCGCUGGCACUGCAGGGACAGUUUAACACAGCUACCCUGUCUCUACAGAACCUGGACAAGCUACAGGAGAGGAUAACAGACCUGGAAGGAGAGAGGGACAUGAUAAAAGAAAACUAUGACACUCUCCUAGAGAGUACUUUGUCUGCCCAAAGCAACCACGAUGGCCACGUGGAAGAGCGUAGCGUAGUGGACCACAAGAGUGAGGACGUGGGGCCAAACGUGUGCAGGCUGGAUAUCCAGAGGCUGGAGGAGGCACUGAGAGCAGAGAGGGAGGAGAGAGGCAGACUGGAGCUGGAGAAAGAGAAACUGAGACAAGAGAAGAAGAUGUUAGAAGAGCACAGAGAGCGGGACAGAGAGUUUCCAGUGAUGACAGGAGACAAACGUGAGCAUCUAGAGCGGGAGCUUCUCCAGUACAGAGAGCAGGUCUCCGCUCUGCAGGACAGACUGGACUCUGUAACUAAGGUGUUUGACAUGAGUGUCGAGGAGCUCAGUGACACUCUUUUGCAGAUCAAGGCAUUCAGGAUGCAGCAGGAGAGCAGGGAGAGUCUGCGUUUCCUCUGGGCUGAUGGGAAGGUAGAGGAUUUGCCCCGUGAAAUGGUAAAUAUCCAGGCAACACAUGCUGAGACUGUGCUGGAGCUACAGAAAACCAGAAACCUGCUACUGCUGGAGCAUCAAAUCAGUAACGACCUGAAGGAAGAGUUAAACACAGUUGGCCAGAGGAUGGAGAGAGAAAGGGAGGAGAGCAGGAGUAGGAUGGCAGAGAAAGUCAAGCUUUUAUCCAAACGAGCCCUUCAGAUCAACACUUUGCAAGCCCAGUUGAAAGAGCUAGCAUACAGCCCCAGGAACUAUAAACGGACCAUACCAAUGCAGUACACCUGGCCAGCUGGAGACCAGGAGGUGGUACAGCCCAUUGAAGACGACAUGUGUUUUUCUCAGCUGAGAGCAGGGGAGUCACUGCUAGAGAUCCACCUUAAGGCUGCCACUUACACACCAGCAGGGCAGCGGAUUAUGAGCAGGCUCAGUGCAGGAACGGGCAUCAGCGAGGACAUCGUGACCUUCUGCACCUACGGCCUCUUGGACUUUGAGGUGCACUCCACUCCCCUCGUGUCAGGCAGUCAGCCCAACUACGGCUUCACGUCCCGGUACGCUCUAACAGCCCGCGAUCUGGGCAGGCUGGGAGGUCAGGGGUCAAGGGUCAGAGUGGAGCUCCACCAGGCGUUAGGAGGGGUCAAGUUUGUGACUCAUGGAAGUGGGCAGAUGUCGCUCAUGGGCACCAUGGAGAGGAGAGGGCAGCGUGUCAGUGGACGUUUCAAUAUCACAGGCUCUGAAGCUGAAAUUGUGGGUGUGGUGGAUUUCUGGGUGCGUCUGUUCCCUCCUGCAGAGCCCAUUUGCAUUGAGGUAGAGCAACCAGGUGAAAGGAGAACAGCGACACAGAGGAGUCCUGUGCAUUACUCUUAUGGCUGGCAAGAGACAUGUUCCGAGGAGAUACAUGACUACGGCGGAGGGAUCCCCAAUGAGUUGGUGGUGAUGUUGGAGCGCUGUGUGGGCCUCAAUGCUCGUUGGCCAGGACUACUUCCUGACGCCUACGUGACUUACAGGUUCUACGACCUGCCGCCUCACGUCUCUCAAACGGUCCAGUGCGCUGCUGACCCGGUGUUCAAUGACAAAACCAGCUACCCACUGGCAGUAACAGCUGAUGUGUUGCACUACUUGAGGUCAAGUAGUCUUUGGGUGUACUUGUUUGAUGAUGGUGAUGACCAAAUGCCACCAACUUAUCUGGCCAAGACCCCCAUCCCACUGCGAGCCCUGGCUACAGGCAGGGAGAUCAGAGGUGACUAUGUUCUGAGGGAUCCAGCUGGGGGACCUCGGGGCAUGGUCAGGAUCAUGAUAAAAUGGAAGUACCCCUUCCUGCCAACGGCAGACGACUCGCUGGUUAAACAGGGAAGACAGAACAGGGCGACAGAAAGCACUGGGACGGAGGAGAGGAGGAGAGAAGAGGAGGAGUCACAGAAGCCCAUAGCCAAGCCCAGAGUGAAGACUCAGCUACUCGCUGCAAGAGAAACCAAAGCAGUGCAAAGGGAGACAAAAACCUGGCCUAUGCCUCCAGCUGUCAAACUGAAAAGCUCAAAGAACACACGACCUGAGCCAAACACCUCUGUGAAACCUCUGGACACCCGUCAGUCCAGAGACAGGAAGAGAUCCACCAAGAGGUCAACUGCCCAUCUUACGCCUGAGUCAAAACCCUCUCAUUUGCCAUCUCGGACCUCCUCAGAGGGAAGGUCUCCCAGGCAAUCACCUGCCACUCUGUCAAGGGAAAGCUCCGCUAGUGCUGUCAGGACUCAGGACCUCCUCUCUGUGGAUCAGGUGUCAGAGGAUGAAGAGGAGGGAAGGAGUGAGAGUGCUGCUGCAGGAGAGAGUGAUGUCCCUAAGUCUUCAGAGUCAAGCUCCUCCCUAAGCGACAUGAUCAUCAUUCCUCCUAAACGGAAAAUAAGAAAGAGAGAAAAGUUGAGAGUCGAGAUCCUGUCCUUGAUGUUUGAACCGUCCUCACAUGUGGCCCUGGACAAGUCGGUGCAGCGUGUGUACGUGGAAUAUCGGCUGCUGGGCGUCCCCAUAGAGACGACAGAAACGCCUAUGUCCCUCCGCAAACCCACAAAGGGAGAGGAGGUUCACUACAACUUCACACGAGUGAUCUACGUGGACGGAUCGCGGUCGGCUCCACUCAGACAGUAUCUCUACACCAUGCUGGAGGGCACUGACCCCAACCAGGGCAGGUUGAAGUUCACAGUCGUCAGUGAGCCGAUGGAUGAUGAUGAUGAGGAGGAGUGUGUGGACGUGGGACACGCGUCUCUCGACCUACAAGAACUGCUGCUCACAGGAAAUGAUGUCCUCGAACAAGAGAUUGACAUCUUGAGUCUAGAUGAGGACAAGGAGGUGAUAGGAAAUCUGAAAGUGUCUCUUGAAGCAGCAAAAGCUCUGACCGGGAUAUACCAGGAGUUUCACAAGGAAGAUGAGACCAAGAAAGAAGACGAAACAGAUGAAGAAGAAGAAGAAGAAGAAGAAGAAGAAAAAGAAGAAGAGGAGAAGAAAGAAGAGGAGCAAGAGGAAGGGAAGAAAAAAGAUCAGAUACAAGUGCUGGAUUAUGAUGAGGACAGUGAUUUCUAAUGACAGUAAAAAAGUUGUUUUCUCUAUGAAACUGUUUUGAGCGUGCGGAAGAGCUGACCUUUCCUUGUUUGUAGCAACAGUAAUGAAAUAAAGAAUCAUUCUUGAAAGUCA